AAAAAUAUUGGUGGUAAUUUCUGACUGUGUAACUUUACAAACAUAAAUUCACAUGCACUUUUAAAACAUUUCAAAAUAAUCAGCUCCCAGCUUUUACACUGCGUGUGGGCUUUUAUUUUGAAGGUGAAAUAGUAUUUUUGUGUGAUUUAUGGGGAAUGCGUCAGUUUGUUUAUUUACUAUUAAUAACCCAGAUGAUGUGUAAUUUCUCUUGUCAUUCAUGAAACUCGGAGGAGUUUCCUGGRGCCACCGUGGAAAGGAGGAGCUCUCCAUCUUCUUCAGGCAGGUCUCUCUCAUCCAUCCACGCAGGAAACGCUCCUCCGUGGGUCCAGGAGUGACGCUCUGCAGCCACGGUGUUUCCUUCACGCAGCACGGGGCUGUGCACGCUCCAUCCCCGGAAUGAGCAUCGCUGUGGGUCGGGGAGCUCCAUCCAGACGCGCAGAGGAAGACGGGUCGCUGAAUGAACAUCCAUCCCCCGUGUGUUGAUCCGCCUCUCCCCCCUCUCUGCUCCCUGUUUCCCCGCGAUCAGAGGUCAGGAAUGCCCGCCCAUCUCCCCUGCUCCCAGGCGGCUGUCUCACAGUAAACCGUCGGGGGUCUCGGUUCGACAUGGACGGUUGGAGCCGGGCUGCGACGGUGGGGGACGGGCCGGUCAACUUCACAUCUGCCCACCUCUGGUUGGACCUCCAGAACGCCUCGAGCGCGUCCACCCGGUGGGACAGCGGCAGCAGCCCGCCUCCCGCCGCCGGGACCGGGCUGGACGAGCAGCAGCGCCUCGUCCGGGAGCGAGCCUACCGGGACUUCAGCACCACCAUCCAGGUCCUGAUCCUGCUCGGGUCCCUGCUCGGUAACGCCACACUGCUGUGGUGCACCUGCUGCACCAGCGUCUUUAAAUCCGUGACCAAUCGCUUCAUCAAGAACCUGGCGUGCUCGGGGAUCUGCGCCGGUCUGGUGUGCGUGCCCUUCGAUGUGGCGCUGGGGGCCAGCCCCCGCUGCUGCCUGUGGCUUCACACGCUGCUGCUCUGCAAGAGCCUGAAGUUCCUGCAGAAGCUCUUCUGCUCCGUCACUGUGCUCAGCUUCAGCGCC